AUGAAGUUCUCCGCCGCCGUUAUUCUGGCUGCCGCCAUUGGCGCCUCUGCUCACCCCAGCCACGGUCACCGCAACGCUCACCGUUCCGUCGGCGGCCGCUUCGUCAAGAACCUGAAGCCUGUUGCUCCCGCUCCUCCUCCUGCCACCACUGAGGCUCCUGCCCCUCCUCCCGCCACCACCACUGUCGUCGCCCCGGCCGCCCCCUCUGUCGCCAGCGCCGCGCCCAGCCCUUCGUCCACCGCCGGCUCCGGCUCUGGCUACAAGCCCUUCUGCGGCGGCGUCGGGAAGCGCGCCACUGAGGCCCAGAUUUUCUAUGCCGGCAACACUGGCACCGGAGCCACCCCCGGCUGCAACAUCAUGGAGAUUCCCGCCAGCGCCGUCUCCCUCUACGACUACACCGUUACCUUUAACAACGCUGGCGGCAACGACCAGGAUUGUGUAUGCUGGAACAAGAUUGGACCUGACGGCGGUGUUAACGGUUUCUUCAAGGGCAACCAGGCCAUGGAGUUUAAGCUCCCCAAGGGUGGUUCCGCCUAUGUUGCCGUCGACAAGAACUCUCAGAUUGGCUGCUCCUGCGGCCAUGGCGGUGUUCCCACGACUUCAUUUGGUCAGUUUGCCGGUACCUGGCUCGAAGCUGACUUUGAGAAUGAGUCCAACCAGGGGUGGUCCGGCUUCGACGCCUCCUGCCUGGUCCCCGCCCGGUUCAACAUGGACAUUCCCCCCCUGCAAGUUUGCGGCGCCGGCACCUGCUCUACCAUCAACCAAGGUGGCUCUGGCACCAACGCUUACCUGGCCGGCAUGGAGGCUGAGGAUGGUAUUGGCGGCAACGUCAAGAAAGGUCCCCUGGCCCUCACUGUCAAGGUCAAUGGCGCCUAA